UACGAGGCUUUAUCAUACACUUGGCAUAUCGACAGAGACUAUGAGGCACCCACCCCAGGAAGGAUGCGGACAAUCAUUUGCAACGGCAAAACACUUAAAGUCCAUCAGAAUCUUUAUAAUGCCCUGCUACAACUACGUCAGCACAACCGAGGGCAUCCGUUCUGGAUUGACGCAAUAUGUAUCGACCAGGGAGACGGCGGAUGCAACAGUGAGAAACGGCGGGCCAAGAUAAAAUCUGAAAAGAGCGCUCAGGUUAACAUAAUGGGUACUAUAUUUGGCUCCGCUCAAGCAGUCGUAGUAUGGCUGGGAAGGUCAUCAGCUCUAACCUAUAUGGCUACCAAACUCAUCCAACCUUUAUUCAACAAUAAAAAGAAGGAA